AUGGCAGCACUUAAGGCUAGGGAUUCCUAUGGUGAUGGCUGGACCUCAAGCGGUGGCGCCAGAUGGGCGUUCUUCGCAAUCUUUAUUGUAUUCAUAAUAGUGGUAGUGUUUGGAACGCUUCGUGCUAAUAAAAAGAGAACAAGGGCAGGAGUACAACCAAUCUAUGGUACUCGGUGGAUGACACCACCUUCCUAUUUGCAAUCUCAAAAUCAACAAGGGCACCGUAAUAGAGACCCCGAGACUUCUGCAUAUGUCCCCACAUAUACUGCAGAGGCUACAGACAAUAUUGAUAUGGGAUACUAUGAUGCACAAGGAGAAUUCCAUCCAGCAAAGAAAAGUUCAAUUAGUGGUCCUACUUUCACUGGUUUUGGGUCAACUGGUCUAGAUGUUGAUGGAGAAGUGCAACAGCCAGAAGCAGCACAUAGAAGAAACACAAGUACAACAGACGGAAUACCGAUUACAUCGGUCCCACCUCCAGCAAGUGGUAAUAAUGUCGGUGGAGUAGCUUUUACCAAUGACAUCGCUCCUCCUGCUGGACCCCCACCAGGCAUUUCCGAUUCGGAAACUAACUAUGAUACCCAUCAAGACCAUCAAGACCAUCCAUUGUAUAAUGAUGAAGAUUUCCUUCGUCCCGUUGGGAUCCCUCCAAGAAGUACGACUAAGACUAGCGAGUGA